CAACAGUCGACUUGUCCUGCAAAACUCCUUGACGAACAGUCUCAGUCAAACCCGUGCCAGCGGCUGGCUUCGAUGAGACACGAGCUGCUGAUCGGUAGGAUCGACGACGACCGUGAACAACUGUGUUUCACAGAGUGAGAAAUAGAGUUCAAUUGACCGGCGUCAGGGUCACUGCUGCAAGAGCUGUGUAUGAAGAUUGAAGUACAGUGUGCAAGAAGUCCGACACCUGCACUUGCUCAUCGAACGUAGGUCUUCGGGAAAUCGACACUGAUGCUAACUUCCGUGCUAAAAUCUCGAUGAGAAAAGCCGUAGAUUGAACGUCCAGCGGAGACGAUUGAGUAGUGGCUGGUUAGCUUUCUGGGCGAGAAAAGAUACUCGUCUAAUUCAACCUCUCUCGGAAACAGCGCCACAAUCCGAGCCUUUGCAUCUGUGGGUAUCAACGUCGCUACACUCAUCAUUGUAUGGACGAGAAGCCCACAUGCUUCAAGUAUUCCCAUCUGUAUGAAGCGGUGGUAGCCGUUUCUGCUAUUUGACGACCUCGUCGGCUACCCACUCUGGAUAGCUGAGCGGACAACAACGCGAUCCGAAUCGUGACGACGGAAGCUUUCAUUGCUUCUCGAUUUUAGGAAUACCAUUGGCCCAUUGGGCUGUAGCUUGUCUUCGCCCAUCGCUCCCAGCCAGUCAUGACCGUAGCAGGAGCGGCAGUCAUCGCGGUCAGCUUAGUCCUGGGCCUAAGCACGACAUGUUGUGUUGGCCAAAUCCUGUUCAGCGGCCCACAGCAGGUCACCAUCAAUGAGGAGCUCCCUAGCGGUUCCCUGGUGGCAACGUAUUCAACGAGGGACACCCUGGCACGGCCAGUAACUUUGUCCGUUGAUCAAGUUGACGACUACAAGUAUUUCAAUGUUCUGCAGAAUGGCGAGCUGCAGACGACAUCCGAACGCUUGGAUAGAGAGACGAGAACGGUCUACAAAUGCACGCUUCGUGCUCGAAACACCGCCGGGGACUCGAAGACCCACAGCGUGCAGGUGAGCUUGAGAGAUGUGAAUGACAAUUCGCCGAAGUUCAGCGUGCGACUGUCGAGCGUGGUCGUGCUGGAAGAUGCAGCCGUGGGUGAUUUCAUCUUUCAAGCCAACGCGUCGGAUCCGGACGAAGUGGCGCGAGAGCAACGCACGGUAAAGGAUGCAAACGGCCUGGACACAAUCGUCUACGUCUACACAAUCUCCAAUGGACGAGUGUUCUACAGUAUUGCGAGCGGAAAUGAUGCCGGCAAGUUUUCUAUCAACCAGGAUACCGGCGUGGUCACUGUGAACAGCAGUCUUCUGCUGGAUGCACGGCAGCAGUUCACUCUGGUCAUCAAUGCAACCGAUCCGGACGGCCUCCACGACACGGCCGACCUGACGAUACGCGUCGGAGACGCCAACGACAACUCCCCGGUCAUAUUUGAGCCACUUCCGUUCAACGUGACGAUAUCGGAAGCGACUGCACCGGGCGUAGUCAUCCUCUCACAUGCCUAUGCCAACGACACCGACUUUGGCAGUAACGCUGAGGUUGCGUUCGCACUGGUCGCCGGUAAUGCAAACGGGGAAUUCGCUGUCAACCGCACCACCGGCCGUAUCGUACUGGUCUCCAUGUUGGACUACGAGCGCUCGCCGAUAAUCCAUCUAGACUUGGCAGCACAGGACGAAGGUAGCCCCAUGCGCCAGAGCACAGUGCGCAUAACGGUCAUCGUCGAGGACGUCAACGACAAUGCUCCCAGCUUCCUGUUGCCGUCGUACCUCGCACCCGUUUCGGAGAGCGAAUCGCCGGGCAGCACCAACAUCCUAUCUGUCUCGGCUGUAGACCCGGACGGACCUGGGAAUGGCAGUGUAGUGCGGUACAGCUUUGCGCCUGGUAACGAUGCCGGCGGUGCAUUCUCCAUUGAUCCAGUUACCGGUGUGUUCCAGUUGUUGACCACCCUGGACCGAGAGACAACUGCAGAGUAUCACCUAGUGGUGGUCGCCAGUGACCAGGAUGUGAUCGGCAAGCAGCAAUCGUCGUCCGUCAACGUCACCAUUGUUGUGUCCGACUCCAACGACAACUCACCUCGCUUCGUCACGAGCCCGUUCGUCGGCAAUAUCCUGGACGGCCAGGUCCGCGGGAAAGACGCUCUCCAGCUGAAUGCAACCGAUGCUGACGAGGGUGACAAUGCGCGCAUUCAGUACAGCAUUCUCGGCGGCGACAGUUCGUCCUUCGCAGUCGACUCCGCCACGGGUACCGUAACGUACGAAGGGUUGCAAGCAGCGGACUACGCUACGAAGCGCUUCUACAACUUCACGGCACGUGCUGAAGACCAAGGAGCACUUGUGAAGAGGGCUACUACGGUGAAAGUGGUCGUGGAAGUUCACGAGCUGAAUCCCAACGCGCCCGUGUUCAGUCCCGUCGUCUACUCGGCCACCGUCAACGAGUCUCUGCCCAUAGGAACGAGCGUACUGCAAGUCACUGCCACUGAUGCAGACUCCAGGCAGAUUGGUGAGAUAAGGUAUGAGAUCCAACGAGGAGAUCCGGACUUGUUCCGGCUGGGAGGCAGCUUUGAUGUGGACAGUGUGACAGGAGUUGUGUCUGUGGCCACUUCACUGGACAGAGAUGUCAGAUCACAGCAUGUGUUCUGGGUGGUUGCAAAGGACGGCGGCUUCCCUCCCAAGACGUCCCUGGCCAACCUGACCGUGAUGGUGACAGAUGUCAAUGACGUAGCGCCGGUGUUUCCGUCAAACAUGGCAACUCACCUGCAGGAGCACCUGAGCAGCGUAUUGCCACGGACCAUUUACCAGGUCAAUGCGACGGACCCUGACCUUGGCGCCGGAGGCAGCUUUACCUAUGCGUUGGAUGCGGGCGAUUGGCCAUCGAGUCUGUUCAGCAUCGACCCACUGACCGGUGUGAUAUCGGUUCAUCAGGGUCUGGACCGCGAGGCACAGGCGGUAUACACCAUCACCGUAGCUGCCACGGAUCAAGGCGUGCCGAGCCUGACCGGCCGCGCCAAUCUCACUCUGUACGUCACGGACAUCAACGACCAGGCGCCAUACUUCACCGCCAACUACACCGCGUCGAUCAUGGAGAACGCCAGUCUAGGCAUGCUUGUGCUGACUGUGUCUGCACUGGAUGAUGAUGUUGGUGACAACGCUGUCUCCACAUAUCGAUUUGUAGCUGGCAAUGCACAAGGACAUUUCAGUGUCGACACAAACAGUGGUGAUAUCAGGGUGGCUGCUGCGCUUGAUCGAGAAAUGACUGCCGCGUAUCUGCUGGCGGUGGAAGCGACGGAUGCUGCGGGCUUCACUGCGACGGUUUGGGCUGCUGUCAGCGUUGUGGACAUCAACGACAAUGCACCUCUGUUCAGCAGCUCUCUGCUGGUGUACAAUGUGUCCGAGGCCACACUGGUGAAUUCGGUUUUAUUCCGUCUGUCAGCCACUGAUGCUGACGUUGGCAACACUCUAACGUACAACAUGACGGAGACACCAAACGGUGGUGGUGGUGCGGCGGCUCUAGGGUACCUCCACCUGUCACCGGCCACUGGGAACGUAACGCUGGUACGACGGCUCGACCGCGAGACUCUGCCCGGUCUGCGUGCCGUCGUGUGGGUGAGCGAUGGCGUGUUCACCAGCAACGCCACCCUGCAAGUCGACGUACGUGACUACAAUGACCUGGUGCCCAUGUUCAACCAGUCACAGUACAGUGCAACUGUGAGCGAGGACGUGCCCGUCAACACCACCAUACUGACGGUCACGGCCAGCGAUGCCGAUGUUGAUGUCGCCCACCGAGUGCUGCGCUACCAGAUCCUGGCCGGCGACGCGCGCGACUGGUUUGCAAUCGACCCGCUCACAGGAAGCCUGCGCAACAAGCGGCCGCUGGACCGCGAGACGCUGGCCGUUGUGAAUCUGACGGUUGGUGCCAUCAACACGGCCUCGCCCAGCCUAACCGGCACGGCGAGCGUCGUAAUCACGCUCGACGAUGUGAAUGACUCGCCGCCCGACUUUGGCCCCGGGCCUCAUGUGGUGAGCAUUGCCGAGGCCGGCAUGCAGGGCAACAGCGCCGGGUACGUGAACGCCACGGAUCCCGACCUGCACAACAGCACCGUCUGGUACAGUAUCGUCGACGACGACACUCGCCACGCCGUUCGCAUCGACCCGCGCACCGGCGAGAUCACGCUCAUGCGCGCGCUCGACUACGAGGUGCAGCACACCUACUACAUUGUGGUGCGUGCCGAAGACCGCGGCAUUCCGCCGCUGUCCAGCACCACCAACGCUACACUGAAGGUGAUCGACGUCAACGACAAUCACCCGGUGUUCAGCAGUCCAGUGUACACGGUCACCGUGCCCGAGGACGCCAAGAACAACUCCGGCGUCGUACAGCUGAACGCCACCGACCUGGACGCUACUAGUAACGGCGAGUUGACGUUCGCACUGAUAGCGACGGCGACCGACCCAGCCCCGUUCUCGGUCGACCCCAAGUCGGGCCUGGUGAGCGUUAACGGCAUUCUGGACCGAGAGACCGUGGAUAUCUACAAUCUGACCGUGACUAUCACCGAUAGUGGCGUGCCUCCGCUGAGCACAGUGUCUCGCCUCGAGGUCACCAUCGCCGACGUCAACGACUCGCCGCCGAAGUUUGUGAACGCGUCGUACAACGCCACCAUUACGGAAAACACGGCAGGGGGAACGGUGGUGGCGCGUGUCCACGCUGUGGAUCCCGACAUCGGCGACAACAGUUUGGUGACGUAUAGUAUCACGGCCGGGAACAGCGCUGGCCGGUUUGCCGUGAGCGCGUCGAGUGGUGUUGUGCACACCGUCAAGGCGCUCGACCGAGAACAGCAGGAGGUGUACCGCCUGACCGUUGUGGCUAACAAUAGUGCGUCCUCAGCGCCGGCUACAGACACUGUCAUCGUGACCAUUGCCGUUCUGGAUCUGAACGACAACCGGCCGCAUUUGCCGAGUGUGUUGCCAACCGUACACAUCAACGAGACUCUGACGGUGGGUGACAUCGUCGGGUAUGUGCCGUACGUAGACGGCGACAAGGGACCUAAUGGACGUGUCACCUUUUCUAUUGCCGGCGGUAACGACGAGGGGCUGUUCAGGGUGGAAUCGAGUACCGGCGCCAUACUACUGCAGGGCAAUGUCGACGCCGAGACGAGAGAUCUGUACAGCGUGUAUAUUCACAUGUAUGAUGGUGGCAGUCCGGCGCUCAGUGGCAGCGGUUCUCUGUACCUCAUGGUGCAGGAUGCCAACGACAACCCGCCCGUGUUCAGCCCGCAGACGUACCGCCAGACAAUCCAGUCGGUGCGCACGCAGGGCGACGAUGCGUUCAUCGUCAAGGCGGUGGACGCUGACGCCAGCUCGCAGUUGCACUACACGGUCACGGGUGGCACUGCGGCCUCAUCCAUGACACUGACCCAGGUGGGUGGCGUUGCUCGCCUGCUUCUAUCGGUGGACGCCAGCACGCUGCUUGGUCAGACCCUGACUCUGCAGCUCAGCGUCAGUGAUGGCCUGCACACCGCAACGGCCUCGGUCACAUUCUUCGUGCAAAAUCUGUCCAGCGGGCCGCGGUUCGACGCCAUCGACAUCACGUCCACCAUUCCAGAGACAACGACGACCAGGGCCGCGCCGAUCUCGAUUUCGGGCUCCGGCAGCUACGCCCUGGCAAUCGACACUGCCGGCGUCACUGACUUCCAGGCGGUGACGUCCAGCAAACAAGUGGUUGUCAACGGUGGACUGGACGUCAGGCGCCAGUCCUACUACCACAUUGUGCUGCGCCUGGUCGACACGGCAACGCAGGUCACGCAGUACACACAGGUGAGGAUAACGGUGUCGAACGACGUGAACCAUUACGCGCCGGUCCUGGGCGCGUCCACCAUUGCCGCCGAAAUUGCCGAGCGUCACCAAACAUUCAUUACUAAGAUGAGAGCGGAGGAUCGAGACACGGUCUCCGCCAACAACAUUGUCGCGUGGGAGGCGCCCAAACCGCAACAGAACAUAUUUGUUAUCGACUUCGCCGGCGACGUGCGUUUGGGAACGUCAUUAGACUACGACACUGGAGCGAAAAACUACUCGCUGGACCUCACCGCAUCGAAUUAUGGCGGGCGCACCAUCAAGUCCGAUACAGCCACACUCACAUUCAUACUAACAGAGGCUAAUGACAAUCAGCCGAUAUUCGCGCCCAGUGCGUACGCUGUGUCGUUGUUAGAGAACAACACUCUAUCUCUUACGGCGCCUAUUGUGACGGCAGUCGCAACCGACGCGGACGUUGGCAGCAGCGGCCACCUGACGUACGGCCUGAUCGAUGAUCGGGCAGCCGGCGGAGGUAACUUUGACUAUCACACUUUCCGGAUCGAUAGCAAGUCUGGUCAAGUGUUUCAGGCGGGCAGCCUAGACUGGGAACAGCACCGGGAGUACUUUCUCAGGAUUGUUGCGCAGGACGGUGGUAAUCCCGGCAUGCAAGCCACGGCUAGCCUCAGCAUCAGAGUCAUCGACAUCAACGACAACUAUCCAGUAUUCGAAAGGCCCUCGUACGCCGUGAGCGUGCACGAGAACGCUACGCUAGGCUCCACGCUUGUAACCGUGCACGCGACUGACCUGGACCAGAUUGAUCUGAGCGCGGACCCUGCCAACCAACGCUCCACCAUCCUGAACGGUUACGUGACGUACGGCAUUAUCAGCACUGAUCUAGACGGACAUUUUGGAAUGUGUAACACGAGCGGCGAGAUUACCCUGCUCCGGAAGCUGGACGUCGAGACGCGCUCAGGAUAUGAAAUUGUUGUUCGCGCCACCGACGGUGGAGGUCUGCACACUGAUGUCAGAGUUUACGUGACCGUCCUGGACAACAACGACAACCGACCGAUGUUUGGGCAGUCGAGCUACAGAGCCAACGUGAGUGAGGAUGCGCCAAUAGGCACGCCCAUUGUUCACGUGACGGCCAUGGAUAUUGACGUGCAUUUCCCUCAUCGCGAUGUCAAGUACGCAAUCGUUGGUGGCAAUCCAGGCACGGUCUUCUCUGUCAACGUCACCUCCGGGUGGAUCACGACCAGUAGCUCCUUGGACCGCGAGCUCAUGACUCGUUACGACCUCAUCGUCGAGGCAUUUGAUCAGGGAAUUCCCCGCCAGGUGCAGAACGUCACGGUCAGUGUCGAGCUGCUGGACGUCAAUGAGUUUGCGCCUGUGUUUGUAGGUGUACCGUAUACUGUGUCCAUCCCUGAGUCCAGUGGAAUUGGUUUCCAGGUGCUGCGGGUAAACACGACUGACCGCGACUUAGCCGAAAACGCCACCGCCUCCUACUCAAUCCAGUCCGGCAACGCGCUCGGUCACUUCCGCAUUGGUCCGCUGACCGGCGCCAUAGUGGUCAACCAAAGUCUGGACUUUGAGACGGUCAAGUCUUACAACCUGACAGUUCUGGCCCAAGACAUGGCACCACCGGGAUAUCGGCUCAACGCCAGCACGCUGGUCAGCAUACACCUGCUGGAUGUAAACGACAACGCGCCCGUGUUCGCGAACGCCUCGUACACCAUCUCGGUCAUCGAGACCUGGCCAAUCAACUCGGCCAUGUUUGUGGUGACAGCCACAGACGCCGACUCUACGUCAAAUGGCAAUGUACUCUCCUAUCAGCCGAUCUUUUCCGGGUCUGACGAUGCGGCCAGCAAGUUUUCCGUGAAUACCACCACCGGGGCGGUGUUCUUGAUAGGCAGUCUGGAUCGGGAACGCUACUCGCGCUACGUCUUUACUGUGCGAGCCACGGACGGGGGUGGCAAAUCAGCGGACACACUGGCCAUCGUAACAGUGCUGGACUACAACGACAAUUCACCCGUGUUUCCCAGCGCCGAUGUCAACGCGUCAGUGCCGGAGGAUGCGAGUGUUUCCACGCCUGUCGUGACCGUGCUGGCUUCUGACGCCGACGCCGGGGCCAACGCGAACCUAAUCUAUGCGCUCGUCAGUCCGCAGAACUUGACCGAGUGUCUGCAACUGUGUGCGGCGAAGGCGGUGCAGUGCCACAUGCAGUUCAGCAUCGUAGCACGGCAGAGCGCAUCGCAUUUCUCGGUCGAUCCGCUUACGGCAAUCGUCGCGAGCACUGCUUUACUGGAUCGUGAGUCAGUGCCAGUCUACGUUCUUGUAGUCGUGGCAACGGACAGCAGUGCAGACGGUCCGCGACGUAACGGAACCACUUGCCUGUCCAUCACACUCGGUGAUGUGAACGACGAGACACCAGCGUUCGGUCAAGCAAAUUACGGAGGGGAGAUCUGUGAGAACCUUGCGGCAGGGCAGUCGAUAAUGACAGUGACAGCCACAGACAAAGAUAUCGGGCUGAACUCAGAGCUCGUGUACUCACUGAGUACCACGGGAGCGGGAGCUCUUUUUAGUGUUGACCCGGACAGUGGCACAAUCUCCUCUGCCGCCGUCUUCGAUCGAGAGAUAUCGGACCUGUGGCAGUUCACGGUCACUGCCACUGACAAAGGCGUUCCACCGCGAGCUUUUACGGUGCCCGUGGCAGUCAACAUCACUGAUGCAAACGACAACCAUCCGCAGUUUGUGCUCGGUUCCAGUACCACCACGCAGUACAACGUGACGCUGCCAGAAGACGUUGCAGUCGGGUCCGACAUCCUCCAGUUGAUGACAACCGACAGGGACAUUGGGUUGAACGCCCAGGCCCGGUAUGCGCUGAACAGCAGCUCCAGUUCGCUAUUCAAUGUCACAGCUGAUGGAAGCGUUCUCAUUUCUGGCGCCCUGGACCGCGAGAGGCAGCAACACUACAGCUUUGUUGUUGUUGCAAACGACUUGGGCACGCCGCGGCUCUCGUCGACCGCAAUCGUCACCGUCACCGUCACGGACGUCAAUGACAACUCUCCGGCGUUCAGCAACGCAACACACGUGGUGCAUGUCCGCGAAGACGCACCGCUCGGCCUCGCCCUGCUGCGCUUCAUGGUGACCGACGCCGACGUGGGAUCCAACGGGAUUUUCCACUUCUCCUUCGCGUCCGGUGUCACCUCGUCGUCGCCGUUCAGCAUUGCGGCGGACAAUGGUACAGUCUACCUUACCAGUAUGCUCAAUGCCGAGAUACAGCACAUGUAUGUCGUGAACGUCACGGCAACCGACGACGCAGUGAAACCGGAGGAUCGCCUGUCCACGGUCACCCAGCUCACGAUCAUGGUGGUUGACGUAAAUGAUGUGAAUCCGGUCUUUACGUCCCCGCUGUUUCAGUUUUCCGUCAAGGAAGGCGGCCUGGGCAAUCGGUCCGUGUUCCGAAUCACGGCCACCGACGGCGAUAUCACGUUACCAAACAAUCAGGUCAGGUUGAGUAUUGACGCGUCGGGCGUCUCUCCGUUCAUCAUCAACUCCACGUCGGGACUCGUCUCGCUCUCUCGGGCCCUUGACCGAGAGACGCAGGCCGUGUUCGACUUCAUGGUGGUAGCAACGGACGGAGGCAGUCCCAGUCUCCGGGGCCGUGCGAACGUGACGGUAUACGUUCUGGAUGAGAAUGAUCACUACCCGAUCUUCAGGCAACCGGAGUAUGGGUUCUCAGUUGGCGAGAACCUGCCAGCGGGGUCUGCAGUCGGGCAAGUGGAGGCUACUGAUCUGGAUCUGAACAACGUUACGUUCAGCCUGCACAACGACAGCAGUGCGGACGGCUUUGCCAUCAACAAGCACACUGGCAACAUUACCACACUGCGCCCGCUGGAUCGUGAAGUCAGCGGUCUUCACGAGCUGCACAUCGUGGCCGAGGACGGUCUGCCGUUGAGAUCACCGCUCUCGUCAGCAGUCGUCGUCGUGACAAUCCUGGACGAGAACGACGAACGGCCAAGCUUUGUCAGACCCGAGUUCUACAAUCAAACUAUCCCUGAAAGCCUGCCCAUCGGAUCUGAUGUGUUUAGGGUGGAGGCCGUCGAUAAGGACGACGGAAGCAAUGCUGUGCUCAGCUACGCCCUGAUUCCAAGCAAUGACUCCGCUGCGUUUGAAAUCAACACGACAGCCGGCCAGAUCUCACUGUGGGUGCGGGUGGACUAUGAGACACAGGCUGAAUACCAUCUCGAGGUCAUCGUGCAUGACGCUGGAUCGCCGUCGCUGUCACAGACUGCGUCCGUCAACAUCACAAUCGCCGAUGUCAACGACAACACGCCGCGAUUUGACUCGCCAAGCGGCUACACGGCCGUGAUCGAUGAGAACACGCUAAGUGGAUGGUCGUUGCAAAUCCUGGCAUCGGAUGCCGAUAGUACGCACAAUGCCCGGCUCGAGUACACCCUCGCGGCCGGAAACACCGGCGGCGACUUCCACAUAGACAACACGACGGGUCUUGUCACCGUACGGAAUGCACUGGACUACGAGAGAACGCAGCGCUACAACGUGACCGUGCUGGUGGAAGACAUGGGAGCAGUGACGCGCAGUGCUACGGCAUUCCUAGUCGUCACCGUCGUCGACUUGAACGACAAUUCGCCCGUAUUUGCUGCGUCUCAGAUCAAUGUCACCGUUCCGGAGACCACGCCACUCUACGCAACGAUAACAAAUAUCCAUGCUACGGAUGCCGACUCGACAACCAAUGCCCGGCUGCGGUUCUACCUUUCCGCUGGAAACUCUAAAGGACAUUUCUCCAUCAACGAGCAGACAGGUACAUUGUCGCUGGUAUCCUUGCUGGAUAGAGAGCGGCAGGCCGUCUACGAACUUACGGUCACUGCCGAGGACUCCGGUGUCCCAUCCAACACUGCCAGUCAAGUCGUGAGACUAUCGGUCACCGACGUCAAUGACGAACGGCCAGUCAUCAGCCAAGGAGUGGCCGGUCUGCGGGUGACACUGCUCAGCAAUGCCACGGCGAGUUCGGUCGUCUCGACCGUCACGGCGCAGGACUUGGACACCGGUGUAAAUGCACAGCUGCAGUUUUCUAUACUGACUGGCAAUGCAUGGGCACUGUUCACCAUCGACCCACAGUCCGGGGUGGUAAGUACUACACGCGCUCUGACUGACAUGGAUCGCCUCUUCCAGCUCAGCAUUGGUGUGCAAGAUGGGGGUGUGCCAACGCAAUCUGACCGAGCCGUGUUGACUGUGACCGUUCGACACCCAAACACCAAUCGGCCACGGUUCGUCACUGCAACGCAGUCCGUGUCGGUGUACGCGUCCACCAUCGUAGGUGCACAAGUGGCGUUUGCGGCCGCGGAGGACAGUGACUUUCCAGCCGGUGCCUCGCCAGGCUUGGCGUACAGCCUCGACCCGACGCUCUCCAACAGCACUGUGCCAUCGUUGUUGUCCGCAGACUCGCGUACCGGCGCACUGUCCGUAAGCGCAUUGUUAGUCAACGUUGCCGACACAAUACUCACUGCUGGAGUCUGCGCGUCCGAUGGGGAGCUCAGCACCUGUCAACUCGUCCACUUAAGCAUAGUGUCUAGUCAAUCACUCGCGUUCGAUCUGCCCUCGUAUACGUUCUCGGUGGACGAGGAUGCAGUCCCAACCGGUGCCGUCGGGACAGUGCGGAUGCCGUCCGCUGCAGGCUACUCUGUACAGCAUGGAAAUGACAAGCAGUUGUUCGCGAUUUCCUCGUCAGGCGAUAUCAUGCUUGGCGGUAGCUUGGACUACGAAGCACAGCAGGUUCAUAUCCUGAUUGUUGCUGCUCUGGACUCCAACCAAGGCGAACUGGCGAGUGUGGCUGUCCGAGUUCAGGUGCGCGACGUCAAUGAGUUUGCACCAACGUUCGUGGCCAGCCAGUAUCGGGUAUCAGUCUCGGAACUGUCGUUCCCAGGCCGGUCCGUGUUGACACUGGAAAGUCACGACGGGGAUCUCUCUGCAACGGAAUCGUCAGUGGCGUACAGCAUUGUGUCCGGAAACCACCUCAACUGGUUCACCAUCGAUCAGCGUAGCGGCAAGCUGUCCACGUAUACUCUUGUUGACCAUGAAAUGGCAAGCAAUGUUGUGCUGAAUGUUUCAGCCACAAACUAUGCGAGCAGCAAGCCCUUGAUGACGUUCACAACUGUAGACAUUGCCAUUGCCGAUACCAAUGACAACUCACCGUCGUUCCCGUCCGCCAGGUAUCACGUGUCCGUGCACGAAGACGUUCCGAUUGGCCACCGCGUACUGAUGACCAACAACACUGACCCGGACAGUGGCUACAACGGUAUGAUAUUCUAUGCUGUGAAGCACACCAGCGCUCCAGGCUUGUUCGCUGUUAAUACGUCAACCGGUGCCAUUACAACCACUGCCGAUCUUAACGCGUCUUCCGUCAGUUCCGUCGUACUGACAGUCGUAGCCGGAGACUACGGAACUCCAGCCUCGCAGAUAGCAUCCGCUGCCGUCUACAUCACUAUCGUGCCGGUUAACCGUAAUGCGCCGGAGUUUUCGCAGUCGCUGUUCACCGUUGAUGUAAGCGAGACCAUCGCCACCCCGGCGGUGUUGGGAGUGUUCGCGGCCACCGACGCCGACGGCAGUGACGCCCUGAUACGCUACGCGUUAGCCGCGCCGGCGCAUGUUCUCUCCAGCCUUACCGUGGACGAACUGUCCGGUGCGUUGAUCCUCACCCAGCAGCUAAGCUACAGCGAUGUACAAUCUGUUAAUGUUAGUAUCACGGCCACUGACCGCGGCAGUCCCAGACUCCACUCCACCGCAGUGAUCACUCUGCGCAUUGCCGACGAGAACAACCACAACCCGGUGUUCGAAAAGACCAACUACACGUUCUUCGUGCCCGAACUCGCCGCGGUUGGCAGCGUCGUGACACGCCUGGUGGCCCGUGACCCGGACACAGCAUACCUGAGCUACGCCAUCUCACGCAACGCACUGGCACCGAACGGCCAGGACUUAUUCCUGGUAAACGCCACCAGUGGCGAGCUAAUCCUGCAGGAGUCGCUGGACCAUGAGAUUGCCACAAGCUAUGAUAUCGAGGUGUUCGCGCUGGAUCAUGGGUAUGUUCAUCGGCGAUCCACUCGCCAGCGCAUCCGCAUUGAGGUGGUGGACGAAAACGACAAUUAUCCCUGGUUCAUUGCCGUACCUGAAACACUCAACAUGAGUCGCUACCUGCCCGCUGGCUAUGUGGUUGCCAUGGUGAACGCCUCUGACGCUGAUGAAUUCUAUGGCAAUGUAAUGUAUAGCAUUUCGGCCGGCAAUGACGAUGGGUUGUUGAGUAUCGACGCCGUAACGGGACAUGUGUCUGUCACUGCACAACCAGGACUGGAUGCCAACACCCGCUACAACGUCACGAUCGCCGCGUCUGACGGACAGCUGGUCACGUACGCACUUGUUGACGUCAAUUUCGACUUCAGCGGGAACUUCUGCUUGCCCCACCUCUGCUACCUGACACAGCCGGCCGCAGACUGUUCGCAGUACGACAAUGCGACUUCAGACAAUAUGACUACAUCAUCGCCAGGACAGUGCGGAGCAUGUUCUGCCGGGUGGCUGCCGAUUCUCAGCGGCAAGGCAUGCGCGUAUCUCUACUGCUCUUCGCAGUCAACCCACUGGGUGUGUGCUGCGGCUAACUCCACCAACGGUACGUGCAUGCCGCUCGAGCAGCCGUGCGAACAGACGCGCUGUCACACGACGCACUCGCUGUGCCAGCCCACCGCGCGCUGUCUGCCCCUGGACACGCACACGACGUGUGACAACUCGUCAUCCGCAACGACGUGCCUCGUCGACCAGGCUCUCGUCGAAGCGGACGGCGGCGUGCGUACGUGCAGGAAUGCCGCAGUCCUGAUGUCGUCGGUCGGCCGAUCGUGCACCGCCGCCAGCAUGGUAUUCUGCUCACUGCGUGACCGCUGUAUCAACGUCAACGUGCCCGAUCCGUGCGUGCAGUGCCGCGCUCCGCUGCUGGAGUGCCCCAAGACCGGGGUUUGUACGCUGGACAUGGGCGAAUGCUGUGACAGCACUGCACUGGUGUACUGCAACUACACACGCUCGUGCAUCAACGCGUCCGUGCCGUGCGUGCUGAUGACGACCGAGCCGCCGUCCGUCACACCGACACCAAACUCAUCGCCCGUCCUCAACACAGACCUGCUGUACGUCGGGGAAGUGCGCAGGGACGAUUACGCAGACCUGAUUUCGCAGCUGUUGCUAAACGAAGGUGUCUGGGUGUCCGAGUUACUUGCCAACGGCUUCAAUGGCCAACCGUUUGCCAACGACAGCGAUUCAGAUAUUCUUGGCCUAGCAGUGGUAGGGACAGGUGCUGACAAUGAGACUGGCUGGCAGUACGCCGAGUGUGUUUCCUCUCCGCUAGAGCCAUCCGACUGCCGUCCGUCGGCAUGGAUGGACAUACCACAGCACGUAUCUACACGACAUGCACUGCUGCUCGGUCCCAUGACUCGCAUACGACCCGUAGCCAGUACCGCCGCCAUCGGCGCCGUCUGGUUCAAGGCGUACGCGUACGACGGCAGCAUGGCUGGGCUGCAGCAUCCAGUAGGCAAUGGCAGUUUGGCGAGCACAGGUCAAGUCGUAACCGUGGAUCCACUAACUACGGGUGGCGCCAGUGCUUUCAGUGCUGGCACUGCAUUCAUCAUCGCCAUCAUUCAACCGGCCAUUGAGUUCCCGUCCUUGUUCAACUCCUCGCUGACAUUGGUUGAUCUCGUAGAGGAUACACCUGCCUACCUGAAUGACGGAACGCCAAUGGCAACACUUCUUACCGGUCCCAUCCUGAAGCGCUGGACACAGCGCGGGAAUGACUCCCACAUCCCGUACCUGCCCGUCGGUGUUGACCAGCUGUUGGUCAGUGCCGGGAACCUCUCUGACUACUUUGAUCAGGUGCGGCGUGUCAACUCGAUCAUUGCCAGUCGUUUGAUGUCCGCACAGGCUGGCUAUCAACCAGGCCUAGUUGUCACCUUUCAGUUACCGGAUGAAAGCGGUCGUUGGCAGAUUUCCCCGCACGGUACGCUCUCCACGUGGUACUAUAUUGACCGGGUGCUUCCCGGCACCACGGGUAACGUAAGCGUGUUUGUCGAUCAACGGGCACGGCUCCGGUUCUUGCCACAAGCUAACUUCUACGGUCGCCCCGAUCCCGUCACCGUGCUCGCAUGGGAUGGUGUCACGACCGCUGCCGAGGGCGUUGUGCCCAUUCGAGCAGCCGCCCAACGCUCACUCACCUCGGUGGUCGCAUCAACGAGCGUCUCGUCUGCCGCUCGGACGGUCGAGUUUGAGGUGCUGAACAGCGAGGACAGGGCGACAAGAACACAGCCAACUGCCGGUUUGAAGCCGAUUCCGUACCGCAUUCGCUACGAGUAUGACCAUGUCUUCACUGCAGUCGUGGAGCGCUCAGCAAGCGACUUGCGUCAAAGCAACGAUAGUUUCAAGCAGCACAUGUUCGUAGCGCUAUUGCACAGCAUCAGUGUCCUGCGCAUCGAACCCGUCAACACAACACGCUCCGAGAUCCUCUUCAGCGUCGCGGGCAAUGCCCUCACACUGCCGCAGGUUCAGAUGCUUGUAACAACCAGGAAGUCCGUGCUAGCAUCGCUGGGAUACCACAUUGAUGUCAUCCGCGAUGAUGCAUACUUUGGAAAGGGGGCUGGUUGUCAACCCUCCAGUGCCGGCGGCAGCAGCGGUGAUUUCAACUACGGUACUCUGGUCGGCGAUCUAGCCGAGCAAGCAGCGAGUGACUUGGACGGCACACCGAUCGGAAUUGCAGUCACGGGUACGCAGAGCCAGCAGCGUGGCACCUGGCAGUAUCUCUUGCAGGAGGACGUCGUGUUCAACAGCAUCACCGUCGGUGACGUGCGAGCAGUGGCUUCCAAUACGCAGAAGCUGCUCGAGCACGCUCGCUCGCUGAACGUUUCCCGGACGUCCCGAUGGCUGACCUUCCCGACGUCGCUUUCUGAACAGCGUGCGCAUCUGCUACGGCCGUACGAUCGAGUGCGCUUCAGUCCAAACCCUGAUUACUACUGGGUCACUGGUCCGACUAAUGGGCCUUCUCUGCGUGUCAAGUUCUGGGACGUAGUCCUCGGAGGCAAGUCAGGUCAGAUGAAUGUGAACACAGACUGCUACACCACCCUGACAAACGCAAGCGACGCACCACCGUGUCAAGCAUUCAGCAAGAGCACGGUCAGCAUUCUCGCAUCGCGGCUAGGCUGCGAUGGAGUGGCCGGAUCGGCUAACGUGCAUGACAGCUGCUGUGUGUGCGCCGGAACCGGGUCGAGCUGCAUUGGCUGCGAUGGAGUGUCGGCUUCUAACAAGGUUCGGGAUUCUUGCGGUUCGUGCGGUGGCGACGGCUCCUCAUGCCUGGCCUGCGACUCAGUGCCGUUCAGCGGACAUGGCAGUGAUGACUGUGGUGUGUGCCGCGGACGGAACACAAGCCGUGACUGCCACGGCACAUGCUUCGGCUCGGCCGUGAUUGACGACUGCGGGCAGUGCGUGGAGGGAGGCACAUCACGACAGUACAACUCUGUCAGGGACUGUGCUGGAGUGUGUCACGGGAAUGCCAGCAUUGACGACUGCGGUGACUGCACUGGCGGGACGGCACUCUUCCCGAGGAACUAUCGCCUGGACUGCACGGGUGUGUGCGGCGGGCCGUUCAAGCAGGACGCGCACUGCGGCGUAUGCCGCAACGUCAGCACGCCCGGAGUGCCGCUGGAGUACCGCGACUGCGAGGGAACGUGCUUCGGCGCGGCUCUCCGGGACGCGUGCGGCGUGUGCUACAACAGCACGGCGCACGCCAACGCAACGCUGGACAACUGCGGUGUGUGUGGUGGCAGCAGCACGACCUGCAACGGUUGCGACGGCCAGCCGGCCAGCGGCAAGGUGCGUGAUCGCUGCGGCCACUGCAACGGUCACAACUGCGGCUGCCUGAGGAUUUACGAUCUUCAGCCGCGGAGCGGACCGGCGUCGGGCGGCACCCGCAUUUCUGUGCAGGGCGCUGGGUUCUUUGUCAACAGCUCCGGGUCGUCCGCGUUCGACGCCAACGGAAACUUCAUCCCGUCGUGCGGUGGCGUCGUGGAGACGAACUCGCAGGUGACGGUCAACCCGCGCUGCUUGUUCACGGGCAGCACCGGCACACAGCUGAGUCCCAAGGCGUACAUGCUGGACCAGAGCUCCAUGAGCUGCAUCGCACCACUGUCGUUGGCGCCUGGUUCGUUCAAGCUCAGCGUGCGGCCCGAUGACCGCUACAACGACCUGGAAGACAUUAACGCGAGGUUCGUGUUCCUCGACACCGCCAACAUGGUCGUGGAUGCCAUUGAGCCCGACAGGUCGCUCACCGAAUCAUCGCCUCGAGUCACAGUGACCGGAAAGAACUUUGUGCCCAGUGCCGACGUGCGCUGUCUGCUGGGAAACGUAACACGAUGCGGAGCGCUGGCCGGCAAGCAGCUUGACGUUGACGGCUAUUACAGCAUAGUGCCAACGUCCAUGAACGUAACGCACGUUACCUGUCAGCUGCCAGAGGUGGCGCAGUCGUGCCGUGUAGAGAUGUACAUUAGUAUUGAUGGGCAGCAUUCGGGCAUACUGCGUACAUCGGUUGGUAUGCCAACAUUGUUCACCUACGAGCGGAGUGCCCCGGCGAUGCAGACCGCGCAGUUCUCCAACGGCCUGACCACGCUGAGAGUGCGCUGGGACCGAGCCAUCACCCUGGACUCUGGCGACUUGACCAACUGUGCGCAGGUCUUCAAGGACGCAGCGGCACUGCUCGGCGACGGCUUGGCACGCUGCGCCUGGGAGUCUGACAGCCAACAGGCAGUGGUGGUCACGCUCAGCAGUGCAGGCAGUGUGUCGCUUGCGUCGCGCCUGCACACCGUAGAUAACAGCAUCCGUGCUCGUUCCCAAGCCCACCCUCGGGCCUCUGUGGGGGAUCAGAUAGUUGUGACCGCUCCCUUCCGCGAGGCGCCCAGUGCGACCGCAUCAAUCGUCGGCCCUGCGGAAGUCCCCCGCUGUGGAUCCAUUGUCGUGCGGGGCUACGCGACUGGCUCGGUCGGGUACAGAUCUGUGCUGUACCAGUGGAGCGUGGCCACGGAGGAUGCCGAAACGCCUGGCUUCUCAGCUCUGCAGCAGAUGGCCAGUGCGCAAUCGCCGUUGAGCAGCACUCUGUCUCUCAAUGCCAGCUUCUUUCAGCCCGACGUCCGGUACUAUGUGCACUUGACCGUUGUCAACGCUCUCGACAUGCCGUCCAGUCCGGCUCGACAUCCCGUCCUGAAACCAAAUGUGAGUAGCAGCGAAGUUGAUGUGCGCAUCACUGGCCCGCCCGAACUGUCCCUGACAGCUGCGGCGGACUCUGUCGUGCUGGGCACGCAGCUGUGGCAUUCGGCGUGUACAGUUGUGACAAAGUCGAACACGCUGUGGCAGCUAUGGAGACUUUCUGGCAAUAAUUUGGUGCCCGACACGCUAGUGUCGUCAUCUUCUCAGCCAUUGAGCACAUUCCUGCUAAGCACUUCAUCAAUCGGCACUGGACAAUUCUCGGCGGUGGCAACUUCCACUGUAUGGUACAACACAAAAACUGGUAGUGUUUCUGUGAACACUGUAGCGACCAAGGCAGUGUCGGUGCGUCAAUCUGACCUGGCUGUUGUGAUCCAGGGCGGUGAUCGGGACGUGUCCUCGCAAGAGGACAUUUCGCUCUCGGCCGUUCUGCUCGCGCAACGAGAAGGCGAGCAGUUCACCUCGCCCCAGUACCGGUGGCAGUGCGUUGACGGGCAGGGCAUCGCGUGUGAGUCGAGUCGCGGCGUCAAUGCGCCGCUACCUCUGCCAGCAAGUGCACAUCUGUCUAUACCAGCGGGCAAACUGUCGCCGAAUCAAUUAUACAAGUUCAGCGUCACGGUCCGCGCCGGAGACCGUAGCAGCGCGAGCGCCACUUCCCUGAUCAAAACGCACGCCACACAGCCGGGCACGCGUAUUCGAGUACUAUCUAGCCAGGUGCCCGUGGUGUAUGCUGGACAGAAGGUAGCGCUGCGAGCGUGGAUUACUACGUCCAGCCAGUUGCCGCUGAACGUCACUUGGACAUCAAUCGGCGGAGCAGGUUUGACCGUAUUCAACCUGUCCGACAGCCGCGCAACCUUGAUGUCACCAAGUCACCGCCAACAGCAGUUCACCAGCAACAGCUCAGUAACCUCGCUGACACACUCGCUCUCCAUUGCUCCGCAGCUGGAAGCGGAAGUGGUGCUGAUCGUCGCUCCUGCCGUGCUGUCCACAAACAGAAAGUACUCCGUCAAUAUCAGUAUCUUCGAUGGCAGCGCCGCUACAUUGUCAUCAAACAUCCAGUUCCGAGUCUUGCCGCCAGCUACCGGCGGAACCCUCAUCGCCUCUCCCGCAUCGGGUAACGAGGAGACCGUGUUCGUGUUGCAAGCGGCCAACUGGCAAGACGAGGUACAUGGCAGUGACCUGGAGUAUCGCUUUGGGGUUGAGCUGCAAACGGGUACCCGCAAUUGGUUGACAGGUUGGACGGUUAGGCGAGAAGUGAGCACCCGGCUACCACAUGGGAACUAUCCGAUUAGUUUAGAGAUCCGCAGCAGGGCCAGCACCGCCGCGACUGCGUCUGCAUCAUUCCCGGUCGCCGUUUCCAGAACGGCAACCGCAACCGACGUCCUGACGAAUGCUGCGUACAGCCGCGCCAUGCAGGACUUUACGGAGCGCCGUGAUUGGUCCAGUGCCCUGCGAGAACUCACCGUCAUGUCGCUAGAGGCAACAGGGCGUGCAGGUAGCCUGACAGAGCAAGUCACCAACGACGGCGCACAGCUGCUUUCUAACAUCGUGUCCUCUCUUCCCACACACUUGUCAGCACUGCAGCAGGCACAGCGUACUGCGGUUACAUUCACAGAAGCAACGAGCAUCUUGAGUGAAGGGACGACUGACUUCUUGCUGCGUUCCAUCGACACCCUACUAACAGCUGCAGUCCCGCUCAAGGCAGGCUUAGUGGAGUUACCCCACACCACAAGCGUGCUGGUACCCACCAACCCGUCUCUGAUGCUCAAAUCCGAGCCAAUUCUCUCGAAUGAUGACAGCACCUCAGUUUUGAGGAGCCUGUCACAGAUAGUGGAGCGGGCGCCACGCAGCCGGCAGUCACAGUCAAUCGACCUUCUUCGGAAGGCAACCCAGCAGGUCGCUUCAGCGAUGUGUACAGAGUUGGCGCUCGAUGAACAAGCGGAGAUGAUCAACGUCCCUGGCGCCAAAGUAACUGCUGAAGUCACCAUCCCGCGUGGCAAGUUCUGCACGGAUUCCAGCUGCGUCGACUUCGGUACCCAGCUCAGCUCGGUGCUAGCCAACUGGGGCUGUGGCCGUACGGACGGCAGCGCAUGCCAGGGAGCGUGCGUUGUUCGUGCAGAGUACAGCCAGCAAGCGAGCAGCACAGCUCUCGACCCGGCGGCUCGGUCCAUGCUGGACCGGCAGUUUCCCGGCCGAGACCUGUCGACGGUGUCCGUGCUCAGCCAGCGCCAGCUGAGCGUGUCCAUCAUGCACCCCGUCAGUGGACACGCGUUCCGCGUGCAGAAUCAAUCGCAGCCGAUCCAAGUGCGACUGCCUCUACCCAACGGUGGUGCACUUGAGCCGGGGACCAAUUUCACCUGUGCGUAUCGUGCACUGCAGGACUCGCAAUGGUCGAUUGGCAGCAGUGUGCAGCUGCCGGAGAUUGUGCAGGACGGUGCUCAGGCGUUUGCUGUUUGCCAGCACAACCAUCUGACGCAGUUCGCAGUGAUCCGCAUCCCGGUGCCGCUGCCGACCACUCCGUCGCCCCCGACGACGCCGACGCCAUCCAUCGUCCCCACGACAACGGUGACCACGGCAGCAGCCACGACGCUGGCCACCACUGUCGAGCCCACGAGCAGUGCCAGCCAACCACCUACCGGUCCGACGCCUGGAGAAAAUACGUCAACGGACGAUACCGGGACGAUAGUCGGCGCCGUCAUCGGGGCAAUUAUUUGCAUACUGCUCAUCCUCGCGCUGCUGUAUUUCCUACACAGCAAGAAGAAGUGGAAGUCGCGGGUCAUCGGCGACUCUGCUGCGCUCCCCAUCAACAACGAGAAGAGCGUCGAACACGUUGUCCUGACCGAGGUGCGCAACCGUCCCAAGACGGCAGCCUUCCAGUCGGAGAGCGGCGCGGAGAUGAGCGUGAUCAUGCUGGACGAGCACAGUGUACGGCAUAAGAUUGGCAUUAUCAGUGCACUGCCGACGACGCGCCUGCGCAAGCUGCGCAUCGAUCUUAACGACAGCUUCCAGUGCGUACCCAGCACGUUCUACUUCCUGACGCGCGACUUAACCGACAUCGAGCCCGGCCUGGAGCAGAGCAAGUUCGUCAGCACCGUCUACGAGGAUACCGUGUUCAUCAGGAAGAUGGUGCCGGAGAUGCUGAGCAAGGAAGGCCAGCAGGGGCUGAUGCGUCACUUCUGCACCUGCGGCAAGGUGGCUCAGUUCGAGUGCACCACGUGCGGCGCGCGCGGCUACUGCAGCCCCGACUGUCAGCAAGAGCAAUGGGAGGCGAUCCACCAGAAGGAGUGCCAUCUGCUGGCAGAGCAGCGCAAGCGGAAGGACAUUCUCUCCCAAAAAGGCCGCCGGGCCACGAACGUAAGCCUGGUCAGCACAGGCAGAAGGGCGUCGCAAAGUAGCAACUGGGGCGAUUUUCUGCGAACGGCGUCACGAUCUCGCAUGGAUUCCAACGAUACGGUGUUUACAAACACUAGCGAAGCCGAGACCAGCUUUGACCCGAGUGCAAUACCGGACGGGCAAGCAGCUGUAGUAGUGGGCAAUGACAGCAGUAUAGCCACCAUGCAGAAUGUGCCGACGAGCUACGUCGGCCCCGCGGCAACAUCUCCCCCGGCGACUGCUCAGGGCAGAAAGCCGCUGACGUCGCGAACGUCGUCACGCACUCCCCUGGCGCCGGUCAAGUCACCGCCGACCCUGUUGCCGGGGUCAAUGCCGUUGGUGCCACUGAACGAGACUCGCAGCGCCGGCGCUGUUUCUCACUCGGGCAGCGGCCCGACGACCCAGCGGCGUACGUCAGUGAGUUCGCCCACGACACCACCAACCACUCCAUCAGCAACGCACCAGGCAAAGUCGCCAGCAGAGAACGGCGGGAAAGCGUCGCAAGGCAGGAGCACCGCCCCGGUCAACCACCGUCGGCCAUCGUCCAUACACUCGCUUACCACCCUCACCGGGCGCCUCGCAAAGCAGCGCAGCUUCAAGGUGGCCGAUUCGUCCCUGCUGAACGAAGAGAAUGUCGCCGCUAUACCGGAGGCCAAUGAGCCUCCACGGCCGGGAAAGCGGCGCAGCCCUAAAAAAGGCCACUCGUCCGUUCUGAACGCAAACUCACCCACGCGGCCAGGGCCACCUGUGCGGCACGACACCAUCACCUCCAUUGUAUCGCUUGGCAGCCCGGCGGAGGAGUCGGAACGGGCACCUGCCACCGAGGGCAGCAUGCGGUCCAGGUCCAAGCAAGAAGCAUUCCCACCGAACACCGCCUCCGUGUCCAACACACAGGAGCCACAGCCCGAAGAACCAGCCACAGCUGCGGCCGCUGCCACUCCUGCACAAGAAAAGCUACAAAGACGGAAGCACCCGGGGGUUGGGCGAGAAAUCAGCAAGCACCUGUCGGUGAAAUCCUUCAUGAGCAAUGACAUGGCUGCCGCUGAUGAUGUCACCGUUCAAAGUGAAGGCUUACGCGCGGCUGGCGAAAUGCUGGAGGAUCUGAAAGAAGUCAGUGACGACGGUGGUGAAGACAACGCCGAUGUGACAAAGUCCGACGACUAUGUGUAAGAAACGCAGCCCACGGGGCAGUCAUAUCGGAACACAUUUUAAAGUGGGACUUUUGUACCGGUUGAGACCCAUUGCUCUGCACCAGUGACAGUAAACCGUUGACAACGUAUUCAUGUGGCCCGGUGGUUCUAGAACCGCUGGCCAAUAUAUGUAUACUUGGAAACAUACGGAGACAGUUGAUUUUGACCACGUUGUCUACAUGAACGGGUGUAACUAAGGUCUGCAGGGGGUUGCAGAUGGCCCCGCUGGACACCACAGCUACUGUAGGGAAAGCUCCUUUCUAGAUCUCAUAUCUCUGACAGAUCCUGCCUUUACCAUGCAUGUCAUGACGUAAAACAUACAUUCCGCACAUAAGCACAUCGACCUAACACACAAUGUAGUAGAUGAAACACACACACUGCGAGUGCACGUAGUCGACGAUGGGUGGUCCUGGACAGCCCUGAUGAAGUGAUGAUGAUCUUUCACAUUCAGUAUUAUCCAUAAAACUUAGUUUGUCAACUUCCGCUUUUCUUCUCUUAUUGAUUGAUUGAUUUCUUAUCUGUCCGAUAUAUUAUAUAUGUUAUUUUCCUUUGUUCAUAAAGGAGGUACUACAUGUAGUUCAUGCUUUGAAAUGCUCCAGCUAUGCAUACCAAGUCGGUGAAGUUUCGGUUUUCUCAA